AUGGAGGUCUUUAAGCAGUACGAGAAGGAGCUGCUAAACCUGGCCCCGAACCGAAACUUGACAUGCCUGCCGACAUCGAUCUGGGAUGACACGCUCUUCAAAGCCUGGACAAAGAUUGUGGCAGUGCUCGUUCCAGAUCCGCAGAUCUUGCAGGAUCACCUGGACUUCAUGUGUCAGGUCUUGCAAGCUGACGAGAUCGUGAUUUUCGAGAAGAACACCUUCCUCGUCAUCUCGCAUGCGCUGACCAAGUCCAUCCAGGACAGCUACCGCUUCGAGAAGUUGUCCAACAUCAUUAAGCAGUUUAAGCUCAGCUGCCAAAAAGCGAAGACGAAUUUCCGCAACUUUGAGGUGAAGAAUGGCAAAUUCCGAGCCACUAUCGAGCCGUUCCUCAACCACAGCUAUAUCAUGGUGGUGGUGUCUGACCUCACGAUCACCUCUGCGGCCACAGCCGUGAACCUUUGGGCUGCUCGCGCCUACUUCACCGAGAUGGUCAAGAAUGGCGUCACCUUCGGCGCGCAUCUGUGA